UCACCAACUCUUAACCCAAAGCCAACAUGUCUACCCGACCCACCGUCGUCUUGAUCCCAGGCUCCUUCAGCUAUGCAUCCAUGUACGAUGUCCUCGCCGACCCUCUGCGCGCAAAAGGCCACGAUGUGCAUGUUCUUGAACCGCCCUGCUACCCCGCAGGCUACGAGCGCAAAACGGGGGGUGCCCCACCGAGCUUGUACGCCGAUGCCCAGUACGUCAACGACUUUGUAUCUAAGCUGGUGAACGAGGGGAAAGAGGUUGUUCUCGUCGCCCACAGCUAUGGCGGGUGUGUCGCGACGGAGAGCCUGAAAGGCGUAACGAAGAAAGAGCAAGAGGCAAAGGGAGAAAAAGGAGGUGUCGUCCGCGUUGCCUAUCUCACUGCUGUGGUGCCGCCUCUUGGUCAAUCUUGCUUUCAGGCGCUUGCGGAUUCAAAGGCUCCUGCGGUCGAGGCUGAUGAGAAUGGUUGGCUGAGCCACAAAGAUAUCAGGGCCACGGCAGCAAACUGCUGCAGCGAUCUCCCAAUCGAAGACGCGGUUGCUGCAGCCUCAAAGAUGGGCAAGCAUUUUGGCGGCUGUAUGGUAAACCCUCUGACGUAUGCCGGGUACAAAGACGUCGCGGUAUCAUGGUUCUUUGCUGGAAAGGAUUUAGUCAUUCCACCACAGGAGCAGCAGAAAUUUAUCGACGAAAUUGAGAAGAGCUGGGUGGGUACAGAGAGGGAAGGCAAGAAGGUCGACGUGACGAAGUUGGAUUGCGACCAUUUCCCCCUUGUUCUCGAGGACAAGCGAGAGAAGGUUAUCCAGUGGGUUGAGGAGGCUAUUGAGAAAGGUGGCCGCGAAUAAGCUACACCGAGGAGUCGGCAGCAAAGUAAAAAUUAGUCGGUUACAAUGUCCGUUGAUCGGAAUU